UUGUAUCAUUGAAUUCACCCUUUGCGAUGCAUGGUGCUACUCAACAUCCAAACAAGGUCAGGAAAUAUAGUAAUUUUUUAUUACUAACAUUUUAAACAACUUUUUCUAACUUUAGAAUUUAUCAGUUCUGAGCACAUUAAAUAAAUUUCGCAGACUUACUGAAGCUUAUUAUGUACUUUAUGCUGGUUCAUGGCUUCCGGAUCAGUGAGGUAAAAUUGUAACACAUUCCUCGCACUUGGUGUUCCACAAAAAAUCUACCAACCCUUGCCAUUUGACAUCACCUGACUUCUAAACUGUUCCAGCUCUAUUUCUGAAAUUUUGAAAUAUUUCUUUUAAAUAUAGAACAUAUUCGUCUAUUAUAUUCAACUUGUUUAUGCCAAUAAUUGAUCAUUCUUCGAACGAAAAAAUUUCCAGCGACCUAUUUUGCUUGUGUGUAAACGCAGUCACAACUGGGUUUUAUAGUUGUCUUUGCGCCGACAGAGCAUGAAAAACGAAGCAGUGGAACGCUUACUGCGCAGAAUGCUUGAGUAAUUAGGCUUAUAAUGCAAACAAAAUGAAUUUAAAAAAAAUACCACUAAAAGAUGAUAAAAGAAUGAAAAUUUAAAAAUUUUGAACAGUCCUGGGAAAAGUUUCUCUGACUUUCCUAUCCAAUUCUCCUGCAUCGUAAAAAAUUCAAUUCAGUAAUUAACUGUAUUAAAGCUCUGUUGAUGAGUUGUGAUAUUUUUUACCUUUAAACACUUUAAAGUAAUAGCACUAUUAACUUCAAUCAACUUUGUGAAAAAAACAUGUUGAACAUUAAUCAAUUUUAAUCCCCUAAACAAUAUUAAAAUGUACUUUUUGUCUGUUUAUGGAUAUUGACGCUAAAUUUAUGAAUUUUGAAUGAUUUCCGACUCGCUAGUCUGAUCACAGACAAACAGACGUGCCUCUUCGAACAAAAAUCCGGAAAAAUCUUCGUCCUUAUUCGAAACGUUACACUCAUGCGCCACCAUGUGAGCUUAUUGCCUACUAACUUGUUUUCGUAAAACGGUUUUUGUCUUUGCUAAUGGGUGUGCACGCUUGCUUAAAUCAACACAAGCGGCAUUACUGAUGGUUUUUGUCUUUGAUGAUGAAAAGGCACGCUUGCUUAUAGCGACACAUGCAGCAUUAUUGCCCACUAAGCAAAAUUUCAAAAUUAUCGUUAUUUUUCAGGUCGAUGAAAUCGUCAUUGAGUGGCACGUCUGUUUGUCUGUUGUCCGAUGUUUAAUAUUAAAUUUAAAAAUGUCCGCUCAACUCCUAGCAUAAAGUAAGUUUUUCUCAGCGCGUUGAAAUUGUUCUAGUUUUUAAUCAUUAGCACCUGAUGAAUUUCUAAUCUGUUAAAGUGAGUUGAAUCAGUUACCAACAUUGAGAUGGAAUGUGACCAAUAAUUAAACUCGAACACUUAAAGUGGUUUUCUCUUUGACCGAUAUAAUUGCAAAAUUUAAAACAAUCGAAUAAAAUUGAAUCUACCUCACAGCAACUAAUUUCUUACGUGUUGCACUUGAGCUUUGACCUGAGCCCGAUAUUUCGAUAAACCCACAAAUAUCUCAUUAACGUCAACAGUUGAUAAGUUGCGAUAAAUCGCAAAAACUAGCGUUCACAUAAUGAACAACUACACCGUCUUACUCUCGCAGUCUCUCGCGGCGGAGAUCCAGUGAACCCUGGUGACCCACCAGCAGAAGCCGGCAUCAGCUGACGGAUGCUGCAGCCAACAGCUGAGCGUUUCAUUUAAGUCGGCCAUGCAUCAUCGUAAAGGCGACUUCUUCUUGAUUUCGCGCGCGCGUUUGUUUCCUUUUCUCCUUUGUUCAUUGCUUUUGCACAUAUCCAAAUUAUUGAAUUAGCCGAACCAAUAAUUAUUUUCUGCGAGAGAAAGGAAACGAGACGAGUCUAGGUGCCGAACCCCCCGGACAAGAAGCCGCCGCCGACUGCCGAGCGAGUACCAAACCUAUGUAGGGGUAAACAGGUGCGCGAACAGUCACAGAAAUAAUCAAAAACAACCUUUCAGCUGGCAACCAGUCAAUGCGCUAUUGUUUUGCGGCAACGGGACUUAAGGUUUUUCUGUCUAAAAAUUUAUUGUUUUAUUCGUGAAUAUACGUUUAACCGCUUGCCUGAAUCUGUCUUCUUUCGGAAAUAUCGAAGGCCGUGAGUAAUCUGAAAUGCUUAAGGGGGCGGUCUUACCCCGCUUACCCCUACGAACCGGUCAACAAGAAGUGCUGCACUUCUCUCGAUGCUGCCAAAUAUCCUUGGACCACUAGGUUGAACAAAUGGAUAGCGAAGUAGCAUUCAGCGGCACCCGGCUUAGAGACCACGGACUACCGUAUAUAAGGCGCCUGAGGACCCCAAAUUUGACAUAGUUCACAGCUGCAUCUCGCAUCAGACACUGCUAACGUCUUAGACGAUCCAAGUCAAGAUGAAACUCUUCGUGGCCAUUUUCGCACUGCUCGCCAUUGCUGCCGCACAGGAAACACCAGCGAGCACGUACACUAGCAAGUACGACAACAUCGACGUGGACGAGAUCCUGAAGUCGGACCGACUGUUCAAGAAUUACUUCCAGUGCCUGACGGACGAGGGCCGAUGCACGCCGGAGGGAAACGAGCUGAAGCGAAUCCUCCCGGAAGCCCUCGAGACCAACUGUGCCAAGUGCAGCGAGGGUCAGCGGACCGGUGCGAUCAAAGCCUUCAGCUAUCUGAACGAGAACCGCCCGGAAGAGUGGAAAGUUCUGCGGAUGAAGUACGACCCAGAGAACAAGUACAUCGAGCAGUACCGCGACGAGGCCGAGAAGAAUGGAAUAAAAUUGUAAGAGCGCGUGUCUCGCCGGUUCGUUAGGCGUCCCGUACCGUGUACCACCCAACCGUUGUUGAGUUCCUUGUAGUGCAAAAUUUUUGAAAUUUUUGAUUUUGUUGUCGACGUUACCGGUUGUUAUGCACCUCAAAAUCAUGUCUCGAAUAAAGAAAUCGUUGUUAAAG